CAGGAGCGGUGACGCGCUAGCAUUACAGCCUGCUCUGCGCUCCAGUGUCUGUGAAAUCAGUUAGGAGCCAGCAGGAAAGCGGGGUGCUAACUGAAACGCAGAACCGAGCCUGGAGGGGGAAACACAAAGAAAACUGGAUUUUUUUGUUUUUUUAUUACGGGAAUACACCUCAGAUCGGACCAUAAUCACUAAAGCAGAAGAACCCUCCAAGACUGAGCUGUAAAUGUAUCAGAAACCGGGAGCCCAGCAUGAAGAAAGCAAGCAGGCCAGCGGCCACCUCCUCGAAGGCUGUGGCAGGGAGUAAGACGCAAAGCAACGAGAGGCUGAAAUCUGAGAACGGGGUGACUGGGAAGAGCAGCUCCAAGACUGGGGGCACAGCGCCGCUGUCCAAGACAAAGAGCAAUGAUGACCUGUUAGCAGGGAUGGCUGGCGGGCUGUCUGUGAACAACAGUGUGAAGGGAAAGAGGACCUGCUCGGUGGCGGGCACCUCCACAACCGGGACCACUGGCAGCACCUCUGAGGGCAAGACCAAGAGCAGCACAGGUUCUUCAGCUAAACGUGGCACGUCUUCUGGGGCUAAAGAGGUGAGCUCAACGCGAGACAGACUCCGGGAGCGUUCUCGAGCCGGUACAGGCAAGAAGCUGUCCUCCUCUGCAGCUGUUGUCACUAACGAUGCCACGCUGGCCAAGCGAUCCCGCAGCCGCAUACUGGCAGAGUCGGAGACACGCAUGAGCAAGUCUAAAUCAGACGGCCAGAUCACCGACAAAGCUGCCUUGGAGACUAAAGUGAAGGACCUUCUGGGCUUGGCAAAGAGCAAAGAUGUGGAGAUCCUGCACUUGCGAAACGAGCUAAGGGACAUGCGGGCCCAGCUGGGCUUGGGCGAGGAGACCUCUGAAGAGGGGGAGGAGGAUAAAGUGGUGGUGGCAGAGGAAGAGGUCGUCUCCAUCACUCACCAAGCUACAGAUGUGGAAUCCACUCUGCUGCAGCUCCAAGAGCAGAACAAUGCCAUCCGUGAGCAGCUGAACCAGCUGAAGAACGAGAACCGCAUGUUGAAAGACCGGUUGAAUGCGCUCGGCUUCUCCCUGGAGCAGAGGUUGGACGGCUCGGAGAAAAUCUUCAGUUACCAGUCCCUAAGCCUUGAUUUAGCUGUGGGAAGUGCCCACAGUGAUGGAGGAGGGACGCUGACCUCCUCGGUGGAAGGAUCGGCCCCUGGGUCCAUGGAGGAUCUCCUGAGCCAGGAUGAGAACACUCUAACGGAAAACCGUCGCAGCAGCUCCAUGGACAACCUGGACAGCGAAUCCAGCGAGGUCUACCAACCAAUCACCUCUAGCGACGACGCUCUGGAUGCCCCUUCCUGUUCCUCCUCCUCUUCCUCCGAGUCCGAGGGAGCCCCAAGUCGGGAGAGGUCUCGGAAAGGCAGCAGCGGGAACAUCAUUGAGGUCUCAGUGGCCUGCUUGACGGAGAGGAUCCACCAGAUGGAGGAGAACCAGCACAGCACCGCUGAGGAGCUUCAGGCCACGUUGCAGGAGCUGUCCGACCUGCAGCAGAUCACUCAGGAGCUGAACGCAGAGAACGAGAGGCUCGGGGAGGAGAAAGUCAUCUUGAUGGACUCGCUGUGUCAGCAGAGCGACAAGCUAGAGCACUACGGCCGGCAGAUCGAGUACCUCCGCACCUUGUUGGACGAGCAUCACAUCUCUUACGUCGUAGAUGAAGACAUCAAGAGCGGCCGUUACCUGGAGCUGGAGCAACGAUACAUGGAGCUGGCAGAGAACGCGCGCUUCGAGCGAGAGCAGCUGCUUGGGGUCCAGCAGCACCUGAGCAACACCCUGAAGAUGGCUGAGCAGGACAAUAAGGAAGCCCAAGAGAUGAUUGGGGCCCUAAAGGAGAGGAACCACCACAUGGACCGCAUCAUCGACUCGGAGCAGAAGGGCAAGGCGGCUCUCUCGGCUGCUCUGGAAGAUUACAAAGCCACGCUUGGCAAUGAACAGCUGGAGCUGAACCGCUUCAAAUGCCAGCUGGAGCAAGAGAGGCAGAAGGUGGCUGAGCUCUACUCCAUCCACAACUCUGGAGAGAAGAGUGACAUCCAGGAGCUGCUGGAGAGUGUGCGAAUGGACAAGGAGAAGGCAGAGGCCCUGGCCACCAACCUGCAGGAGGAUCUGGGUCACACGCGCAAUGAGGCCAACCGGCUGCAGGAUGCCAUCGGCAAGGUGGAAGCGGAGUACAGGCUCUUCCAGGACGAGGCUAAGAAGCAGAUUGCGGAGCUGACCGUGAGUCUGGACAAGCUGCGCUCAGCUCUGGAGGAGAAGGAAACGGCCAUCGGAGACAUGAAGGAGACCAUCUUCGAGCUGGAGGAUGAGGUGGAGCAGCACCGCGCUGUCAAACUGCAUGACAACCUCAUCAUCUCCGACCUAGAGAAUUCGGUGAAAAAGCUCCAGGACCAAAAGCAUGACAUGGAGCGGGAAAUUAAAAUCCUGAACCGAAGACUGAGGCUCAGCGAGUGUCUGUGCUGCUCUCUGCAGGAGGAGUCUGCGGAGUGGCGUCAGUUCCAGGCAGACCUGCAGACAGCCGUGGUCAUCGCGAACGACAUCAAAUCGGAAGCACAGGAGGAGAUCGGGGACCUGCGGCGCCGGCUGCACGAGAACCAGGAGAAGAACGAGAAGCUGGGCAAAGAGCUUGAAGACAUCAAGAACCGCAAGCAGGAUGAGGAGCGUGGCCGGGUGUAUAACUACAUGAACGCAGUAGAGAGGGACCUGGCAGCUCUGAGGCAGGGCAUGGGGCUAAGCCGCCGCUCCUCCACCUCCUCUGAGCCCUCGCCCACCGUCAAGACGCUCAUCAAGUCCUUCGACAACGCCUCGCAAGUCAUCCCAGGCUCUGCUGCUGCUGCUGUAGCUGCCGCCGCUGCUGCCACAGCCACAGCCACAGCCACGGCCAUCCCCCGGACUCCCCUGAGCCCCAGCCCCCUGAAAACCCCCCCAGCAGCCGCUGUCUCGCCCAUCCAGAGACAUUCGAUAAGUGGACCCAUGUCUUCACCAAAGCCCCUCUCCUCGCUUGCAGACAAGCGGCCGAGCUAUGCUGAGAUCAAUGUUCCAGCAGGUGAUUCUGUGUCCUGGGGCUGCAUGGAGCACCUGAUGAGAACCUCCUCGACCGGCAGGCCAGCGUCCACACUGCAGAGGGGGCCCUCCAUCGACUCCUCUAAGUCUAUCUCAGUGUCUCGGAGAAGCAGCGAAGAGGUGAAGCGUGACAUCUCUGCUCCAGACGCUGCCUCCUCAUCCUCUCUCAUGACGAUGGGAUCAGCCUCUCCCCAGCUCUCUCUUUCCUCCUCCUCCCCGACUGCCUCCGUCACACCCACAGCUCGCAGCCGCCUCCGGGAGGAGAGGAAGGACCCACUGUCAGCGCUGGCCCGGGAGUAUGGGGGCUCCAAGAGGAACGCUCUGCUCAAGUGGUGCCAGAAGAAAACCGAAGGAUACCAGAACAUUGACAUCACAAACUUCAGCAGCAGCUGGAACGACGGUCUGGCGUUCUGCGCGGUCCUGCACACCUACCUGCCGGCCCACAUCCCCUACCAGGAACUCAACAACCAAGACAAGAGAAGAAAUUUCACACUUGCCUUUCAAGCAGCAGAGAGUGUUGGUAUCAAAUCCACGCUGGACAUCAACGAGAUGGUGCGCACCGAGCGUCCAGACUGGCAGAGUGUCAUGACGUACCUCACGGCUCUUUACAAGUACUUUGAGACAUGAUGCCCCCCUGCCUGGGCUCCAAUAGAGGACUGUCUCUGAGAGCGACCAACCACUAAAUCACCUGCUGCAAACAGACAACCAGCAACAUGCAGGGAUACCCAGCUUGACAGCAUUAAAGCUAACGGACACCACAGCCAGAAACACUUCUAGAUACAAGCUGACUUUGCUUUGGGAAUCCCAUCCACCAACACUGGCCAACUGCACAUGGGAGGCACAAAGUACUGUAUAUUGUCUAAUAUAUUCAUUACGGCCACACCUAAUCGCUGCUGGGAGAGACUCAACUGGGUAAAGAAGACUGCAGGGACAUUAUUGCAGUUAAGUUUUAGUGAAGGAAACAAAACACCCUCUGAUUUCUUUUAUUGUAGGUAAAAUGCUUUCCAGGGAUCGAGGAAAUAAGGUGUUACAUUAAUACUACAAUAUGCCUGGCUGCACCAUGUAGAGAAGCUAAUCAUGCAUUCAAUACAGACUGGUACUGAGCUGUGCAACAGCACGUUACAAGGGGGGGAGGGACUAAAAUCCUUUUUUGCAGGAUGAUUUAAGGAGUAUCUGAUGCUUUUUCCAACUUCGGUAAGGCAGUGUAAAAAAAAAUAUUUUGCAGCAGCAGCUUCUGCAAUUUCUUGCCGCUUUAGCACUGCCUUGAAGUUUUCAGUCAAUCUGAAAUCCCAGUUUAGUACUGAAAACACUAGCACAGGAAAUAGCCACAUGGAACCUCUGCGCUCUAAUGCAGCAGGCAUUAAUCUUAUAGGGUAUGACCUUUUAGACGCAGCACAGUUCAGAGGAAACGAUAGUAUUGGUACAAUAUAGUCAAGUCCUGCCUGCACAUUCACCUUUGCACUGCCUCAUUUCUGAUUGCAGUGUAGUUCAUAGUUUCACACAGGGCCAUUUUACCGAUCACACUUUGUUUUGAAACUUGCUUAAAAACAAAAAUAAGCACAUCUAAAAAGCUGUUUCCCCAGAAGUUAAUUGAUUCUAUGGUAUCUACACAAGUGUGUCACCCAAAUGACUAAACCACCUGCCUUUAGUUCAUGCGCUGACUUGCCAACCAUUUUUAAUAACUUCACUUCCAGGAACCUCAAUAAUACAGGAGAUACAACACCCCUGCCUUAGUCUUUAAAUCACGUGUCUGUUAAAGCUGGGAGAAACCCGCUACCCUGUGCUUCUGUUUCUCCUUUGCAGCUUACCUUAACUUACAAGUAGAGGUGAGAAUGCCAGCCUCAAGCCAAAAUUGCAAUUUUGUUAUUGUGUUGAGGCUUUUGUGUUGUGGAUGCUAUAGUCAUCAGUACCAAACACUGAGUUAUUGUUAUAGUUCAUGAUACUUUUUAAAAAGCCAAUGUUACACACGGAUGUGUUUUGAUCCCCGCUAGGACAAAAUGGACCGCUGUUGUUUUUAGGGUUUAUUUUACAGUCUGUUUUUGUGUUCCCUUCUCAUUCUGUUACUCGUUUCCACAGCAACACAUAUCCAUAGUUUUUCAUGACUCAGACAUCCAAAUCUAGACAAGCCAUCAUUCCAGUGAAGCAUUGGCAGCCAGUGUGUUUUGUGGAGUCCGUGGUGCAAUGGCAGUACUGUGCACUCACCACAGGGCUUCAAGUUCAGAAUGCUGGAACCCAUUCUGUGGCUCUCGUACAGUCCCUCCUGUACAGUACAAGCAGUUGGAGGAAUAAAAGUAUUUAGGGAAUGACAGAUUUGGUAGAAACCACAAAUUUACAGUGGUUUCCAAAAGUGAAAAAUGAAUCAAAUCAGGCAUCAGCAAUAACUGCAGAUGUCAGUAUUACGAGGCACGAGUGUGGGCAGUAUUAGGAAAUGCCUGAAUCCGUGGGGGAAAUGUAUAAAGAAAUUGGAUGGUUUCUGCACAGGCACAAAAUUCUGUAAAUCCACUUCACAUGCUGCUGAAGACCUGUUCAGGUUAUUUAUAUACGCUGGAACUCCUGGACGCUUUCUGCAUCUCAAUACAGAAGAGAUACAUAUAGGCAUCUACCAAGACAAGGGGAGUACAGGAGCCUUUAAAAUAGUCCAAUCCAUCUGGUGGUACACUGUUCAGAGUGAAUAAAUAAGUUAAAAAAAAAAACACCAUCAGCCAGGAUAUAACUGGGUGAAAUAUUGAAGUGUUUCUUUAAACCUUAUAAUGAAUGAAUAUUGACUUGCAGAAUAUGCUUUCCAGUGCAGUUGUAGACAUGCUUUUAGCUCAUGUUUGAAGGUGUGGGUUUAGACCGUGUCAUCUCUGCUUGUUAGUCUUCUCGCGUCUAAAAAGGUCAAGCAGAUGUGGGUGUGUCUGCAAAAUAUCGCCUGAAACUGUCAAAUCUCUUUUUUGCGUGGGAUUUGUAUAGAACAAUUUUUAUUGCACUUUUAAAAUGUACUUUGCGUAUUCAUUCUCUCCCCUAUUAUCCACUGGCCAGCUGGGUUUUAAAAAGUACUUAAAAGCAGGCAAUACCAAAAGCAUCUAAAAGCACAUGUUGUUGUUUUAGCUUUGCCCUGGCUGAGAUGAAAAAUAAAGUUUAAAAAGCCUUGCAAGACAGGUACAGUAAUAAUUGAAGGUAGUUAAUGACAUCUGUAGCAGUUUGUUUCCAGGAAGAUGUUUCCAAAGAGUGUGUAACCCAGCUAUUCCUCAGAAGAGAAGUUGGUUGUUUUUUUUUUUGUUUUGUUUUGUUUUUGUAAUAAAACACCCAUCUGUAUAAGAUCUGUAUAGAAGAUAAAAAGACAAGUUACUGGUUAUUUUUCUACAGCCAUUACUAAACCUUGACUACAAGUGGUCACGCUAUAGAUCAAAAGUAAAUAAAUGAAGCAAAAGAUUAGUGCUAAUUGGGCGAGGGGGGAGAGAAAGCAGUCCAUUUUAAGGGGGAAGGAGAGAAAGCAGUCUGUUUUAAGGGGGCGGGAGAAAAAGCAGUCAGUUUUAAGGGGGCGGGAGAAAAAGCAGUCAGUUUUAAGGGGGUGGGACAAAAAGCAGUCUCUUUUAAGGGGGUGGGAGAAAAAGCAGUCUGUUUUAAGGGGGCGGGAGAAAAAGCAGUCUGUUUUAAGGGGGUGGGAGAAAAAGCAGUCUGUUUUAAGGGGAAGGGGAGAAACCAGUCUGUUUUAAGGUGGGGGGGGGGGAGCAGUCUGUUUUAAAGGGUAGUUACACAUUUUUGCCUAUAAUCCUUAAAGUUGCCUUUUGGACCAUGCUUCUGCCAUUGUUGAGCCUGCCUGCCAGCCAGGAUAUAAGCUGCUGCUUACAAAGGCACCUGGAAGAGGGUUCGAACUGGAUCCUUUGAAACGAUACGUUCAGAUAAAAUUGUCUUUCUGCCUUAGUAGUUUUGAUUUAGAGCUUUUUGCUUUUUUUUUUUUUUUUAUGAUAGCAAUCAUUCAAAUUUUAAUUUUUCUGUAUUCCACUGCCAGGCCAUGCAAGCACUAGACUGUUAAACAUCACUUGACUCCCCACAUGAAGAUAAGCAGUACCCCAACCUCAGGGCUUGUAUGUUUUAAAGCAUUUAGAGGGGGUUAAACAUCAUUCAGAUUGUGGAGCUUGAAAGACAUUACACAGCCAGUAGGGAUGGUGUAUAUUUUUAAUGUUACAAGGAGUCUGCCAGUCAAGCCCCCUGCGUUAGUCGGCUUCAGUGGACUGACACUCAGUUCUGCGCACCUCUUUGUUCAAGUUAUGUUUAAAAUCUAUAUACUCUGUCUCUUGUACUUCUAAAUUACCUAUUUUUGGGCAGUACAUUGCUAAAGUACAACCGUCCUCCAGCCACCUCAGCUGCCUAUGGAACACAUUUUGUUUAGUUCAAUUUACUGCACAGGGGUUUGCAUGAGGAUUGCAAUUUGAUCACAAAGAACCACUUUCAUAAUUACUGUAUGGGAUCUAAAGGGUUUAAUGAAUCAACAUGGCCUGGCAGGAUGAACCCUGAUCUGUAUGGCCUGCUUCAUCGGUUUUAUUUAUUGCAUGACUUUGGACAUCCACUGCGAAGGAUGCAGCAACCUUUCUUUGGAUUACUGGCACACAGCAGCUAAACCUGCAGCAGCGGUAGCCUGUAAAACCUGGCAAUACUGAACAGUGGAGAAAUGCUGCAAAAACUGCUUAAAUCGCAUUUUGUUUUUUUUCUUUUAAGUUGUUAUUGUAGCUUUUAUAGUUUAAGGAAAUCAACAACAGUCUAAUUUCAUGAACAUAAUAUUGUAUUUAAUCAUUCAAAACAUUCUGGAAAUAGUUAGCUCUGAAUAUAUAUCUCACUACAGUAGUUCUCCAAAACCACCAAUGUUGGCAGUGUGUCUGGUCUACUGGCUUAAUUUAAGGUCCUGUUGCGGGCUACACUGGGUGUCGUAUGUUUUAGAAUAGGUGGGUUGCUACAUUGGGGUAAAAUACUGAACAGUUGAGCAUUUCAAGUUCUGCACACUAAUGAUGCUACAGGUUUGAAUUCGCACAGUCGGUUAAUGUUUGACUUGUAAUCCGUUAAAAGGGGAUGCUGCAUCUAACUUAUUUAGCCGAAGAUUUACAUAAUGAAAGGUGACAACUUGGUCACCGUUGUUAUUCUUCUUGCAAAAUGAUGUCUAUCAGUAACACUUAGUGUUUUGUAUGUUAUGUUUUUUUGUUUACCUUCUUGAAUGUAUAAUGAGACCGCUAAGGCUUUCUUUCUGUUUUGAGUUAGUAUUUGUGUGUGUCUUGUUUUCAUAUCGUCUGCCAAACAGGCAACAGUAUGGCAGUAAUAAUUAUAAAAGCUAUGUAUUACUUUUCAUUACUUACCUGGCUGUUUUUUUUUGUAUACAAAUAUAUAAAUGUGUUGUUGGAAAUGUAUUGAGCAGAUACAGUUAUCUAAGCAACAUUAAAACCAUUAUCAGAU